ACUUUUGUGACUAAUAUUUCAGAUAAUAAUUACUUACAAGAGCCUUAUGAUUUUAAUGAUCCUAUAAACUUUCAAGAACUUUACAACUUCCAUGUCGAUUCUCAUGAUCAGCAUUUUCAAGACUCCUGUAACUUUCAAAACCCACAGCACUUACAAGACUUUCAUUGUAAUAUUGCACAAAAUUCUUUUGAUUCUUAUACUGAGCUUUUAAAUGUGCCAAUAAAUAACCAGAGAGAUGUGUAUAAUGAAAAGACAAAUUUAUAUGAGGCAGAUGAAAAGGAAUCUCAUGAGAAGGAAUCACAUGAAAAGGAGAGUUUAGAUGAGGUGGCUAAAUCUCAAGAUGAAGAGAUAUUUGACAACAAUGUAAAUGAUAAAUUGUAA